AUGAAGUGGAUAGUGCCUUUUCUGGUGGCCCUUGUGCCCAUGGCCAGGGCGGAUUUUGGUAACACCAAAGAUAUGCUGGCAAGCCUGCCCAGUUGCGCUGCCCCUUGUUAUAGAGACGCUAUCGCCAAGUCCGACUGCGAAUCCAGCGAUGCGAAAUGCGUGUGCUCGACCCCAUCAAUAAUUCAGGCAGCUGAAGCAUGUGCUGCCGAGAGCUGCAAUGUCAAGAACAGUCUGACGACCCUCAACACUACAUACACCUACUGCGAUGUUCCCGUCCGCGACAAGACAGAAAUCUUCGUCAACGUUACUAUCGUCCUCGGCGUCAUAUCCGGCGUUGCGACCGCGCUCCGUCUCUGGUCGAAAUACUUCUUCAAAUCCGAAUUCGGACUUGACGAUUUGUUCAUUGUCCUUACACUCAUCUUCGGUCUGCCCUCGACGGGCAUGAACAUCCACGGAACCGCCGGACACGGAGAAGGCCGAGAUAUCUGGACAUUAGAGUUUAACGACAUUACCGAUUUCGGCUUCUACUUUUGGUUACUGGAGAUCUUUUACUUUGCACAAGUCUCGUUGCUCAAGACGUCGCUGCUUUUCUUCUACCUCCGCAUCUUUCCGGGUGCCGCACAAAAGCUUCUAUGGGGAACCAUCAUAUUUAACACUGUCUACGGCGUAGUUUUUAUGUUUGUGGCUGCCUUCCAGUGCACACCUGUCAACUACUUCUGGCUCAAUUGGGAUGGAGAGCACAAGGGAACAUGUAUGAACUCCAUGGCCAUCGGCUGGGCAAACGCAGCUAUCAGCGUUGCAAUGGACAUCUGGAUGCUGGCCAUUCCUUUGUGGUAUCUACGCAGACUCAAGAUGCACUGGAAAAAGAAGAUUGGAGUUGCUGCUAUGUUUAUCGUUGGAACUUUUGUUACGGUCGUGAGCAUUAUCCGCCUGCAGUUUCUAGUCGGCCUGGGCUCUUCCCACAACAUCACCUACGAUCAAACCGACAUAUCAAUAUGGUCUACCGUCGAGAUCAACAUCGGUAUCAUCUGCGCAUCCAUGCCAGCCCUACGAGUAAUUCUUGUCCGUGCAUUCCCCGCCCUUGCCGGAUCCUCAUAUGAUUCGAGCAAGUACAACAACUACGGCGACCACUACGGACGCAAAUCAAAUAUUAUGAGUCGCAAUCGUGCUCGUGUGGAGUUGCCUUCUGAGACUGGCGACUCUAUCCAUUCACCUGAACAUGGAGGGAUUGAGAUGCACAGAACGUUUCAGGUUCAGUAUAGUGAGAACGACGAGCAGAGUCUGGUUGGGAAUGGGAAGUUUAACAAGACACAAGUUACAUCUAAGUCGAGGUCUCAAAGCCCGUCUAUUUGA